AUGGUGGAAAUAGAGCCAACAACCCGCGGCUUCAAACAGGAUCACCAUGGCCUUUUCUUAUGUCCUGUCGACGCGACAGGACUGCCACUCUACCUUUCCCACUCAAUGACCAGGGUUUCCGGCCUGCGCCAGGAAUAUCUGGUAGAAGUCUUCAAGAGAGUCAUGUUCAUCUUUACCUCAAGCCAGAGUAUAAAGCUAUUCUCGCAGUUCGUCCGUGCUCAGUUCAACCUGAACCCAGCACAAGUACCCUAUCUCCGCGCCCAGGCCAACAUUUUUCACACCAACUCAUUCCCUCAAGUAUUCAGUCUCCCCCGACACAAAUGGCCCAGAUCGCUCAUGAUUGUGUCUCUGUCGACUGCCCUCAUGCCAAGAUUCAUAUUUGCCAACCAUGGAGAAACUUCCGUUACCUCAAAGGGGUCACAGAGCCACGAGGACUCCGAAGCAUCAAAAUUGACUUCACCUACGACGAGUUCAGCUGGAAUCAGGUAA